AUGUUCAUAAAUGCAAUUACUUCAAAUGAAUUUAUACCAUCUGGACGUUCUGUUCAAGCGGCAAUUUAUUAUAAUUAUAAAAUUUACUUUUAUAAUAAUUCUGGGUCAAAUAAAUUUUUUACACUUGAUAUAUCAAACAUUUUUGAUAUCAAUGCCCCAAAGUUCGAUAAACUAGACGUUAAUAAACUGAACGCGAGUUCCUAUAAUAUUACGUUUGCUACUUCUGCACUAUUUAAUUCAGUAAUUUAUUCAUUUGGUAGUCAGAAUAAAGCCAUAAAUGUAUUUUCGAUGAAUUUAUCAACUAGCCCACUUUUUUGGAAAAGUGAAACUGAUUCGAGCAGAGCUAAUGCUCCUUACGGUCUAGAUGGAUUAACUUCGUUAAUUGACACCUCUACUGGAAAGCUAUAUUUAUUUAACGGUUAUGAUACUAUGUAUGUUUGGAAUAUGUACAAAAGUAGUUGGCAAUAUUUUCCAAUCAAUUCAGCAACCCAAAAAGCUUAUUACACAGCAACUUAUUUAGAAAAUUUAAAAAAAAUCAUUUACUUGGGCGGAUUCAAUGGAAAUUAUCAAAACAAUGGGGAUGAGAUUUCACCAAUGAAUCAGAUUUUGAUUUACUCUACUCUGACCAAUCAAUGGACAACUAAAACAGUUCAAAUGGGAAACUUUUUACCAAGUCGUGUUGGACAUUCAGCAUGCUUAGUAGCAAAUAAUAAGAUUCUCAUUUAUGGCGGACGUAGCAGUCCGCUCAAUCCGAUCAACUCUAGCAAUGCUUUGGCCAUUUUAGAAAUAAAUAACGAUACUGAUACAUACGCUUGGAAUAUACCAAAUAUUACAUACCUGACUGAUCAAACGAUACCUUUCUAUCAUUCGGCCACACUUAUUAGUAAUACAUAUAUGAUUGUUGCAUUCGGAAAUAUAAGUGACAAACUUUCUGUUGAGGAUCCUUCACCAAUUUCAGUUCUAAAAGUUGAUGCAGAAAAUAAUGAAUAUCAAUGGUUAACCUCAAUUGACGAACCAAUCUUAAUCCGAUUAUACAAAUAUCCUGUUUCUAUGCCUCCUCCGCUUCAAACCUUCUUACCGAUCAAAUCACAAUAUCAUGACCAAAUGAUUCAAACACCUAACAUUUAG